CGCGACAAGGCAGAUCUCUCGUUUUGUGGCUUGAGAAUGAAGCUCCCAGGGCUGCUUGGCCUGAUUGGGCCAUUCAUGGCACUCACCGACGCCUUCGUCGUGCCGAACCACAAUCACGUCAGAACGGGGAGCACACACAAUGAGGGAGGGGAUGCGCAAUGACGCACUCGGUGACCUGCCUGUUGAUGUGUGUGUGUGUUUGCCACUUGCAGGGCCUGCAGCGACCCACGAUAAGGCGGCAUGCCCCCUCAAGGACUCUGAGAAUGCAGGAUGAGGUAAAGAGGCUGGCAGGGCAGCCGGAGGGCGGUGUCAAGGUUUGUGUGUCUUGCCUGCAGGCCGUGGCUGAGCCGCCAGCGCCCCCACCAUCUGCGGUCGCGCCGACCGCCCCGCCCGUCACAUUCUCUUCACUAGAAGAGGUCAGUCAACAUCUCAGCCACCUUAUAUCCCACUGUACGAUUGUCUGUCUGUCUGGCGUUUGCGCAGCUUUUGACUUUGCUGAAUGACGCGGGUCAGAAGUCGGGUACGAUCAGCCAGCUGACGGGGAUGGAGAAGUUCUUUGUGAUGUCUGGUGGGAAGAAGGAGGAGUACUUUGCGCGGGGCAACGUCAAGGCGUGUAUCUUCUACAAGGUGGAUGUAGACGAGAGUGAGAUCGGCUACCGGCCCGUGUUCUUUGUCAUGGACGAGGGCAUGGAGGGCGACAUUGACGACCUCACACCCGCUGAACUCCAGCUCUACAACGAGUGAGUCAGCCACGGACGGAACACCGACACACACACACACACACACACACACACAGAGAGAGAGAGAGAGAGAGAGAGGGGGUGGAUGGAUGGAUGGGGUUUUGGUUCAUCUGCUGUCUGUCUGUCUGUCUGUCUGUGUGGUUGGAUUUCAGGUGGAUGGCUCCCGUGCAGAGCAUGCAGAUGGCCGCCGAGGCCAAGAAGAGGAGGCUAGAGGGAUCCAAAUACUCAUACCCCGUAAUCUCGCCCACACGCCCAUAUGCACCCACAUGCCGCCCUCCACACAUGCAUCUUGGUGUCUGGUGUGGGUCAUCCAUCCAUCCAUCCCUUUCUCAGGAGGACAAGGACGCCGACCGAGCCGGUGAGGUUGAGAUCGAGCGGUGGGUGGAGCGGGGCCUCCGCGACGAGUGGGAGAGCUUCGGCCUCUCGGCCGCCGGAUGGUGGGACGAGAAGAGCCUCGAGACCUUCAGCAAACACGUCCUUGAGGGCGCCGAGGCGUCACAGCUGCAGAGCUGGUGGGAAAACUAUGACACCACCACCAUGGCAGACGCUAAGAGGCUUAGGCAACAGGUGAGCAGGGCAGCCAGCCUGCACACGGGAGAGUGCAGUGCAGUGCCGCCGUGUGUGUGUGUGUGUGUGUAGGAGCUGUAUGGGCGUAUGAAGUAUUUUGCGGAUGAGUGGGGAUUGCCGGACCCCGGCAUGCCGGGGCCCGACGAGCGGCCCGUCGAGGCCAUGUUCAAACUCUACAAACAGAAACUCGCACAAGUGGUACAAUUACACACACACACGCUCUCCCUCCCUCCCUCCCUCCCUCCCUCACAACACAUGCGCCUUCCCCUUCUCUCUGUCUCUGUGUGUGUGCAGGUGUCCGACUACACUGCCAAGUUGGAGACGGUGGUCAAGCAGACGGACCAGGAUGUCGACACGUACCUCGACAGGGUCACCACACUGCAGAAGCAGAUGAAGGUCCAGAUCAAGAAGAUCCCACUCGCGCCAUUCUUCGAAAACGUCGAGGAAACGCCCGAAAUGAAGGCAGCCAAGUGGGUGGAGCAGAAACCACCCACAUAAGCACAUGACCUGACCUGCACAUUCGUCCGCAUCUUUCCAUCUCUUUGUGCGACAGGGAGGAGGUUGACGCUGAGUUUCGAGCGGUGCUGCAGGGCAUCCAGGCCGACCAGUACAAAGUGCCCAUCACCGUCUCGACUGUCGAGAAAAUGGUAUUAUACACACAAUGGAGCAGAGCAGAUCCAGACAGGUAGACAAGAAACGACAAUGUGUGUUGCUUGUGUGUGUGUAUGCUGUGGAUGCAGGCUUUCCCCGCCAAGGCAUCAUCAGAGUCAGAGUAGAGUUGAGGACCUCGGCCCGGCCACUGUUGUGUGAGGGAUGGAUGUGUGGGUGGCACCCCAACACAAUGGUCUGUCUGUCUGUCUGUGUCUGUUCUACCACCUCUCACUCAUCGAUAGUUUGUUUCACCAGUCAGUGCCGAUUUUUGGCUCCAUGACAAACAUGCUUUUCAACGACUCUACUCCACAGCGAGACAGACAGACAGACAGACACAUAGACGGACGGACGGACGGACGGGAGGGGUGAGUUGAUGCGGCUCACAGGAGGGCCGUGGUGUGCCUGCCUGCCUGCCUGCCUGUGUGUGUUGUGUCUGUUGAGUGGGGGCCGUGCUUACAGACAGAGAUGUGACUCGACAGCUGCUACUUUCAACUUGAAACCCAGAUCGGC